AUGUCUCCGUACCAACUUGUUUUUGGAAAAUCUUGUCACCUUCCGUUAGAGUUGGAAUAUAAAGCAUUUUGGGCUAUUAAGGAACUUAAUAUAGAUGCAACUCUAGCGGGAGAGAAAAGAAAGUUCCAACUCAAUGAGUUGGAAGAGUGGAGGUUGAGGCUUUUCCCCGGAAAGCUCAAAUCUAGAUGGUCGGGACCUUUUACUAUUGUCGAAGUGGGAAAAUUUGGAACUAUCGAUCUUUUGAACCCACAAGACAAUACGGUUUUUAAAGUGAAUGGGCAUCGGGUUAAGCAUUUCUUCCCCGAAGAAAUGCAAGAUCCACGCCAAAAAUCUCUUUGA